AUGGUGCUUGAGUCGUCAAUCAAGGGGCCGACAAAGAAAAGGAGAUUGUGGAUUAAGAGCACCGAAAAUUCUAAGAACGAAGACAAGCGGACUAAUACAAAAGUAGGCACCAAGACGACAGUCAGCACUAGGAAGAAAGGUGAACCCAAGAAGAAAAGGGUUAAUAAGGAAAGCAAGAACGAGCCAAUUCCGCUACUUGUUCCUAUCGAGGCAGUUCGUAUCGAGGAACCUCGUAUCCAGGAACCUCGUAUCCAGCAACCUCGUAUCGAGGAAGAAGAACAAAACAAUGUGGAAAUGACACAGGAUAUAUUCCUUGCUUAUUUUAGAUUAGUAAAGAAAUCCGAGUUCUUAGCAAUGAAAAAGAAAUUACUGAAAGACAAAGAAGAAGCACAAAAAGAACAUAAAUAUGCCCUGAGAAGCAAGUUAUACAAGAGACGGAACUUCUGGACACCUGUAGAUAGAAAAGAGUACGUCGUGAAAAAGGAAAUUUGGGUAGUAGUAGAGUUGAUUGAAGUCAUUAUUUUCUAUUGUGUAUUUACGCUUUGUGAAGGUUCUUUGGGAUUGGGAAUUUUAAUUUCUAUGGUAUGUUCCCAUGGGAAUGAUUAUUUUCACUCUUUUAUGGUGUUGCAAUGUUAA